UGCAGACACAUCCGCCGCCACGGCAACAGCACCGCCCUGAGCGCUUCGGGUCCCCUCCGUCUCAACCACUGGUGACCCGAGGACAUCCGCGGGUCUGACAGGUGAGCAGCUCUGAUCUCACCACCGAGGGAACGAUCCAGGGAAACAGAAACGUCCCCGGAGCCCCAGGCUGGUCAGUGGGUCAGUGACGAGCUCGGAUUUGGGGCUUCGGAAGCUCAGACACUCGGACUUGGCCCAGGGUCACGGCCUCCUGCAGACCAGGCGGAGCUCCAACAGACCUGAGGCAGGGGGGCGAACGGGAGAAACCCGCAGUGCGAACGCAGCGAUGCUCUCUGAGAACACUGUGCAAAAACGUGGCCAGCCACACGCUUGCCAAGUAAGAAGCAUCUUAGAAAAGCACUUGCGUUUCCUCGGGUCCGAGGGGUGUGGACAUGCCCAGGACUGCAGGGACGCACACCCGUCUCCACCUGGCCCCCCGAGACCCGUGUGGAGCCAAGGGCUCGGGAGGGGCGUGCCUGUGCGUUCUGACUGGCCUGCAGCGGUCAGAGGCUCACGGAGGGAUUCUGCUGCCGUCCUUCGGGGUGGCAGGUGGGGGUCAUUCUCUCCGCCACUUUCAUGGCAAACUUUCGGCCAGUGCCCACCGCAGGGAGGGUGAGAGCGUGGCAGUUUCUGGAUGUGAUGUCACGCAUGGGCAGGGCCACCACAGCAGAGGGACUCCGUAUCUGGCUCCAUCACCUGCGCUGGCCGUGGACUUCCACCCAGGUUCAAGGCCGCGAGCAAAGCUGAGGCCAGGACAGGCAGCCAGCCCCCAGCCCAGAGUCCUCAGCCUGCAGCCCUGGCCCUGCGCCAACUUUCAUUUUCACGGAGAGAAAAAUCGAAACUCAAGCUCAGCUGAGAGUUAGCAAGAGAGGUGUGUCUGCCCUCCCCUGGGACCACGUGACUGCACACAUAUCAGUGAGCGUCCGAGCCGCGGCGCUGCAGACGCCUGACACCAUGUGGGUCCUCGUCCCCCAGGCUGUGGCUGGGAAGCUGCUGGGCGCGCUCAGGAAGCCUCUGAGCUCGCUGUGGGCCAGCCUGGCCCCUCUGCUCCUCUGGCUCAGGGCCACCCUCUGGCUGGCAGCAGCCGACCCGGCACAGAGGCAGCCGGCUGGGGGAGAGCCCCGGGGGACCGGGGAGGAGGAGGAGGAGGACGGCAGCGGCGAUGGGCCCCUCACCCCCACCAGCGUCAACUACCACUUCACCCGUCAGUGCAACUACAAGUGCGGCUUCUGCUUCCACACGGCCAAGACCUCCUUCGUGCUGCCCCUGGACGAGGCCAAGCGGGGGCUGCGGCUGCUCAAGGACGCCGGCAUGGAGAAGAUCAACUUCUCGGGCGGAGAGCCUUUCCUGCAGGACCGGGGCCAGUACCUGGGCGAGCUGGUGAGGUUCUGCAAGCGCGACCUGGGGCUGCCCAGCGUGAGCGUGGUCAGCAACGGGAGCCUCGUCCGGGAGCGGUGGUUCGCGAGUUACGGCCAGUACUUGGACAUUCUCGCCAUCUCCUGUGACAGCUUCAACGAGGACGUCAAUGUCCUCAUCGGCCGAGGCCAAGGGAAGAUCAACCACGUGGAGAACCUCCACAAGCUGAGGAGGUGGUGCAGGGAUUACCGCGUGGCCUUCAAGGUCAACUCCGUCAUCAACCGAUUCAACGUGGACGAGGACAUGCGGGAACACAUCAAAGAGCUGAGCCCCGUCCGCUGGAAGGUGUUCCAGUGCCUCAUCAUCGAGGGCGAGAAUUCGGGGGACGGUGCCCUGAGGGAGGCGGAGCGCUUCGUCAUCAGCAAGGAGGAAUUCCAGGAGUUCUUGGACCGCCACAAGGAGGUGUCCUGCUUGGUGCCCGAAUGCAACGACAAGAUGAAAGAUUCCUACCUCAUUCUGGAUGAGUACAUGCGCUUCCUGAACUGCAGAAAGGGGCGGAAGGACCCUUCCAAGUCCAUCCUGGACGUCGGAGUGGAUGAAGCCAUCAAGUUCAGUGGCUUUGACGAGAAGGCGUUUCUCACGCGGGGAGGGAAGUACGUGUGGAGCAAGGCCGACCUGAAGCUGGACUGGUAGGGCUGAGCCUGGGGCACACUCCGCCGGCGCGGGGCCUCCGGUGCGGCCCUGGCCUCAUGUGCGUCUGUGGGGGCCCAGGUCUGACGCUCUGUGGCACGUGAUCCCUGAGGUCCACGGUCCCCAAACACAGAACUCGGAAAACUGAAAUUCGUAGGCGAUGCAAAACCAUUCACUAGCUUAUUUUGGUUUGGAUUUUUCUGAGCACUGUGUAUUGUGAUUCCUGCAUUGGCAUUCGAAGCUUUUUUUUCCCUCUAGUUUGUUCCUUUGAUAGUCAAUUCUUUUCUGCUAAAGAUCGAGAUGCCCAUUUUCACUUCUGAAAAAAAACAUUGGGAAAUAUCUCUUCUGAUCGUUUCUGCUUCCUGUCACUGUUUCCUUCUCUGCUCCUACAUCAUCGCACUCUGGACCUCCCUCCCACCCAGGAGGCCCGAGAGGGCAGCAGCUGUUUCAGAGGCGAACAGAUGAUCGUACGAGUCUUCGGCGGUUGCCGACGAGGUGGUCGCCUGCACCAGCGAUGCCCUGACCCAGCCCACGCCCAGGCUGACCAUGCAAGAAUGUGAGAUCGCCACCCCCCCACUUCCUCUCCCAAGACUCUCAGCAAAACCAAGACACACUUUUAUUUCAUGCUGAAGCCGACAAGAGGUCAGGGCCUGGGUGGUCAUGCAAACCUGCUGUUCAAGUCUGUCCAGUGGAAACUCCCGCGACAGGGCGAAAGGACACCGACUGCACCUGGUCGUAUGUAAAUGAAGCUGUGGCACAACGUCCUUUUCUUCAGUUGACGCCGAAUCACUUGAAAUGAAACAGUGCAGGUCAGGAUGCUCAGGUCCAGCACCUUCCUCUGCUAGCACUGAGCAAGCGCUGGGUCAGGGGCCAGAGCCCACUCCUGGUGGGAACAUCACAUGCCAUUUACUUGUGCAACCGAGACAGUAUCCCAUGGCCUGUAGAAUAAUAAUUUCCGAUCAUUGUUUCAAGAAAGCAAAAUCAUGGAAAGAUUUUCCCCCGAGCAAAGAGAGAGCUAUUUUAAUGCGGCUGCCAUUCCACGGAUGGCCUCUAGGUGCCGUGAGAUGUUGCCGGGAGACACAGCUUCCCCCUGGAAAUCUACUGUAUUUUCAAGACAGGCUGACUUUGAAAGGUUUGUCCUU